AUCGUUUGAUUUCCCUGUAAUGGCGGACCACGGAGACGGUGAAAGUAUUGGGUUUAACGACAACAGGAUGACGCAGCAGACGUUGCGUUUCCGCGGCCCUGCUCCUCCUCCAACCCCAGUGAUGCGUGGUCCACCCCCACUUCUCAGACCCCCACCUCCCCCUUUCGGUAUGAUGAGAGGGCCUCCACCAAGGGGGCCACCAUUCGGGCGUCCACCGUUUGACCCCAGCAUGCCACCCAUCCCCCCACCAGGAGGCAUGCCCCCGCCUCUCGGACCCCCUCACCUACAGAGACCUCCUUUCAUGCCCCCUCCGAUGGGCAGCAUGCCCCCACCCCCAGGAAUGCUAUUCCCCCCUGGAAUGCCCCCAGUUCCAGGGGCAGGAGCCCCUACUCUGCCCCUUGCUGAGGAGAUCUGGGUGGAGAACAAGACACCGGAGGGAAAAGCGUACUACUACAAUGCCAGGACUCGAGAGUCAGCCUGGAGCAAACCUGAGGGGGUGAAGGUGAUCCAGCAGUCAGAGCUCAACCCUGUUAUGGUGACCCCGGCGGGGACGGGAGCCUCCUCCAGUAGCAUCACAUCAGUCAGCACUGCAGCUGCUAUACCUUCCCCAGUGUCCACACAGGCCCCAUCCAGCACCAUGACCACCAGCCCAGACUCCAACACCACCACCACCUCUGUGUCCCAGACCAUUGCUAGUCUUUGUCCAGCUUCUGCUGCUACAGAUCUGCAGCCUGUGGCCUCCGUCCCCUCCAGUGUUGCGGUGACCAUCAGUGUAGCCACCGUGCCAGCCUCAGUGACACCAGUCCAGACCAUGUCCCUGCUGCCCCAGAGUCUCCCGACUGGCCUGCCCCACCACGCCAUGUCCCAGCCUCACACGGCCACUAUCCCAGGCUUCCCCCCAGGGGUCAUGCAUCCCUUCAGAGUGCCUCUACCAGGCAUGCACAUCCCACUGCCCGGUGUAGCAAUGAUGCAGAUAGUAGGUGCUCCCUAUAUAAAGACAGUCUCCCCCAACAAUAACGGUAUGUUGCCCGGCAUGGCCCCUCCCCUUGUUCCCAUGAUGCACCACCCCCAGUUGGCCCUGGCGGCGCCCGCCUUGGCAGGCCUCCAACUCCCAGAGUGGUCCGAGUACAAAACGGCCGAUGGGAAAACCUACUACUACAACAACCGCACACUAGAGUCCACCUGGGACAAGCCCCAGGAACUACGAGAGAAAGAGAGAGAGGCAGAGAAGGCCAAGGAGAGGCAGCAGGCCCUCGAGGAGGAGGCCAUGGAGAUGGAGGCCGAGGAGUCCAAAAUAGAACCCCCUAAUGAGAUGAAAGAGGAGGUUAAGGAGGAAGAGAUGACUGAAGAGGAGAAAACAGCACAGAAAGCCAAGCCAGUGGCCACUAACCCUAUCCCUGGCACUCCCUGGUGUAUUGUGUGGACCGGUGACGAGCGUGUUUUCUACUACAAUCCCACCACGCGUCUCUCCAUGUGGGACCGGCCAGAUGAGCUGGUGGGGCGGGCCGACGUUGACAAGAAUAUCCAGGAACCACCUCACAAAAGAGGCCUGGAGGACGCCACCAAGAAGCUGGGUACGAACACACGCACCAAAAACUGUGUGUUGCAACUGUCUGCUGGUCUUUGUCCAGCUUCUGCUGCUACAGAUCUGCAGCCUGUGGCCUCCGUCCCCUCCAGUGUUGCGGUGACCAUCAGUGUAGCCACCGUGCCAGCCUCAGUGACACCAGUCCAGACCAUGUCCCUGCUGCCCCAGAGUCUCCCGACUGGCCUGCCCCACCACGCCAUGUCCCAGCCUCACACGGCCACUAUCCCAGGCUUCCCCCCAGGGGUCAUGCAUCCCUUCAGAGUGCCUCUACCAGGCAUGCACAUCCCACUGCCCGGUGUAGCAAUGAUGCAGAUAGUAGGUGCUCCCUAUAUAAAGACAGUCUCCCCCAACAAUAACGGUAUGUUGCCCGGCAUGGCCCCUCCCCUUGUUCCCAUGAUGCACCACCCCCAGUUGGCCCUGGCGGCGCCCGCCUUGGCAGGCCUCCAACUCCCAGAGUGGUCCGAGUACAAAACGGCCGAUGGGAAAACCUACUACUACAACAACCGCACACUAGAGUCCACCUGGGACAAGCCCCAGGAACUACGAGAGAAAGAGAGAGAGGCAGAGAAGGCCAAGGAGAGGCAGCAGGCCCUCGAGGAGGAGGCCAUGGAGAUGGAGGCCGAGGAGUCCAAAAUAGAACCCCCUAAUGAGAUGAAAGAGGAGGUUAAGGAGGAAGAGAUGACUGAAGAGGAGAAAACAGCACAGAAAGCCAAGCCAGUGGCCACUAACCCUAUCCCUGGCACUCCCUGGUGUAUUGUGUGGACCGGUGACGAGCGUGUUUUCUACUACAAUCCCACCACGCGUCUCUCCAUGUGGGACCGGCCAGAUGAGCUGGUGGGGCGGGCCGACGUUGACAAGAAUAUCCAGGAACCACCUCACAAAAGAGGCCUGGAGGACGCCACCAAGAAGCUGGGAAUCAGCAAAGAGGAGCUGGAGGCGGCAGCAGAGGAAGCUCUGGAKGAUGAGCCUGUGAAGGCCAAGAAGAGGAAGAAGGAGGAAGUGAUGAAAGAGGCGGACUCUGAGAAAGAGGCAGCCAUGGAGGCGGAGCUGAAGGCGGCCCGAGAGCGGGCCAUCGUGCCCCUGGAGAACCGCAUGACGCAGUUCAGGGACAUGCUGCUGAAGAGAGGGGUCUCGGCAUUCUCUACCUGGGAGAAAGAGCUGCACAAGAUUGUUUUUGACCCGCGAUAUCUGCUGCUCAACCCCAAAGAGAGAAAGCAGGUGUUUGACCAGUAUGUGAAGACCCGGGCUGAGGAGGAGAGGAAGGAGAAGAAGAAUAAACUGAUGCAGUCUAAGGACGAGUUCAGGAAGAUGAUGGAGGAUGCUAAGCUCACCGCCAGGACAACGUUCAGUGAGUUUGCCUCCAAGCACGCCAAGGACCAGCGGUUCAAGGCCAUCGAUAAGAUGAAGGACCGGGAGGCCAUCUUCAUUGAGUUCAUGACCUCUCUCAAGAAGAAAGAGAAGGAGGACUCCAAGAACAGAGGAGAGAAGGUGAAGCAGGACUUCUUUGAACUUCUUGGGGACCACCACUUGGAUGGAGGGCAGCGCUGGAGCAAGGUGAAGGACAAGCUGGAGGGAGACCCCCGCUACAAGGCUGUGGAGAGCUCCAACACCAGAGAGGAACUCUACAAGCAGUAUGUGGACAAGCAGGCCAAGCACAUGGACUCUGAUAAGGAGAAGGAGAUGGAGCGCGCCGCCAGGAUAGAGGCCAGUCUGAGGGAGAGGGAGCGCGAGGUGCAGAAGGCCCGCUCUGAGCAGACCAAGGAGAUCGACAGGGAACGGGAGCAGCACAAGAGGGAGGAGGCCAUUCAGCACUUCAGAGCCCUCAUGUCUGAUAUGGUGAGGUCGUCUGACGCGUCGUGGUCAGACACCCGGCGUAACCUGCGUAAGGACCACCGCUGGGAGUCCGCCUCUCUGCUGGAGAGGGACGACAAGGAGAAACUGUUCAACGAACACGUGGAGACGCUCUCCAAGAAGAAGAAGGAGAACUUCAGACAGCUACUGGACGAGACCGUCAUGAUCACACUGACCACCACAUGGAAGGAGGUGAAGAAGAUCAUCAAAGAGGACCCUCGCUGUAUCAAGUUCUCCAGUAGUGACCGUAAGAAACAGAGGGAGUUUGAAGACUACAUCAAAGACAAGUACAUCACAGCCAAAGCUGACUUCCGAACGCUUCUGAAAGAGACCAAGUUCAUCACGUACAGGUCGAGGAAGUUGCUCCAGGAGUCUGACCAGCACCUGAAGGACGUGGAGAAGGUUCUGCAGAACGACAAGCGCUACCUGGUGCUGGACUGUGUCCCGGAGGAGAGGAGUAAACUAAUCAUGUUCUACAUCGAGGACCUGGACCGCCGGGGUCCCCCUCCUCCCCCCACUGCCUCUGAGCCCACGCGCCGCUCCACUAAGUGACCACAGAGGAUGCUCGAGAGCCAGAGCAUGAACCCACCUGUCCCAGUGCAGUAUUUAAAACUGUAACGUCGUAAUGACUCAUGGUAAACCCGGAACAUCCAUCCCCUGUAUUUAUUAAAUGCAGUUCUGGGCCGUCGUGGCUCUCCCCUCCUGCCUACAGGGCCUGAUGAUGAUGAUAUGCCACUUCCCUGUGUCCCUUAACAUCUGACCUUUGGCUAAGGUGAAAGGUCAAAGGGAUAGGCAUAGUAAUACAUCUGUGGUUUUCAAUCUGCUGCAGAAGCCUACAACAUGUACGACAAUGUAAAUGAUCAGUUUAGCUGUUUCUGUGAUUCAAGGCAUUGCAGGUCUUGGCAAUAACUGUUAGAGGGUGUCAUUUUCAUGUACCAUCUCGCAGUACAGUUUAAAUGCUUCUCAAAGCGGUUUAAUUUUGAUAGGUUGCUGUUUCUGUAAAUGUUUUACUGGAUUAAAGGCAACCUUUUUUUGGAAAA